AUGACAGCUGUUGGUACGAAAGACAAGAGUGUCGACUGGUUCCAGCCCGAGCUGGAAGAUGUUAAUGCUCAAGCUAGGUCGGUCCUUGAGACAUACAGCAACAUACCUUCUGAUCAAGUCGUUCCGCAUGUCCUAAGAAUUAGAGACACAGCAUGGGAAGUCUUCCCGUACCCCUGCAUCGGCCAGUUUCGCUUCCUGGAUAUGCCCUUGGGAGGUUUCCAUGAAUAUCCGGAAAUUCUCCAGAGACUCAAGUCUGGCAACGAGAAGUAUCUCGAUCUGGGAUGCUGCUUUGGUCAAGACAUUCGUCGUCUUGUAAAUGAUGGAGUUCCUGGCAGUGUUUUGAUCGGCAGUGACCUUCACCAAGGGUUUUUGGAUCUCGGAUACGAUCUCUUCAAAGACAAGGACAAGCUGAAUAGCAAAUUCAUCGCGGCAGAUGUCUUCGAAUCACAAUCUGCCCUUACGCCUUUAGCAGGCAAAAUCGACAUCCUUCACACGUCGUCGUUCUUCCAUCUGUUCGGCUAUGAAGGACAGAAGAAGAUUGCGAGACGCGUAGUCCAGCUUCUCAAGCCACAAAAGGACUCACUACUAGUCGGGCGUCAAGUGGGCAAUGUCAGAGCUCACGAGGAAGAAUCAUCGGCUAGUGGAAGCGGCAACAUGUUCCUGCAAAACGUGGAGUCAUGGAAGCAGAUGUGGGAGGAGAUUGGAGAGGAAACCGGCACGCAAUGGGACGUGAAUGCUACUCUGGAAGACUGGCCUCUUGUUAGAAACAAGGUAUCAUGGCACAAGGAGGGAACGAAGAGGAUCUUCUUUUCGGUCAGGAGGCUCUGA